AGUUGUUUCUCUGUGCUCUGGCAUGGCACGCCCUCUCCUUCCCCUCUACGGGGCGGAGCUCGGGGCUGCUGUCGGUGCCGCGCAAUGUUGAGGAGUGCGCGCUCCCGCUGGAUGCUGCAGCUGUGCUGCUUCUGGUGGUGAUGUGAUAGCGAGUGACCAUUUGACAAUGGUGGUCCCUGGAAGUUCCCCUGGUAUUCAGCAUGAUCGUACGAUAGUGGCUAAUGACAGCAGUAUGGACACAGAUACUGAGCCUGAUUGUAGUCCUGACCUAAAAGAAGUGCACAAGCUGCAGGAAUUGGUCAGAAGACUUGAAAUUCAGAACCAGCAGUUGAGGAUUAAGAAGAGUCCCCAGACUUCCAAUGAUUCCGGCAUCGACAAUCGCCUGUCUGCGUUAAACUGUACGGGAGUCAUGAAUAGCAUGAACAUCCAACCAGAGAAAGGAGAUGUGGAGAUCAUUCCAAACCUCCACACUAAACUAGAGGAAAUGCACUCUGAGAAAGAGAACAUCCCCCGCCUGAGGGUGGACUCACAAGUACAGUAUGACAUGGUGUGCUCUGAUACCAAGCCUGUCCGUAAAGGAGGAAGUCACACUGACUCGGAGGACAGUUCCAUCUUUAGUCUGGAUGUCAGUGGGAUGACAGACCCAGACGGGGACAUGCGCAAACUGUCUGAACGUAGCUCAAGCGGGGAUCUAGUGGAUAUCUUGGAUGAAACUGCCCUGGACGAUGUUGAAGUACUGGAACUGGACUUGUGUAGCGAGGAUGAGGUAGACUGCUGGCUUUAUGUCUCGCCAAAUAAGCUGGCAGUGGCGGAAAUGAAACCAGACUCUCCCUUAAAGUGGUGCCGGCAAGUGUUGGACCACCACAGUCCAGAGACGGAAGCUGCCUGUCGAACUCUAAUUGGCAAGCUUGAUCAAGCCAGUAGAUGGAAAAGUCUGUACUGCAGCCCGCUGGCAUCGCCAAGUGCGUAUAACGGCAACAAUGAGAGCAUCUGUUGUAGCAAUACACUAAACUCACCGGGGUGCCUGAAAUCCACUAACAAACCACUACUAACCUGUGGCAACUCAGGUUACUUGGGUGUCCAUUCUGCACUCAGCUCUCAGUCUUCUGUAGACAGUGAAUUGAGCACAUCAGAUGACUCCAUAUCUAUGGGAUACAAGCUUCAAGAUCUGACUGACGUUCAAGUUAUGGCCCGACUUCAGGAGGAAAGUCUCCGGCAAGACUACGCCUCCAGUUCGGCGUCUGUUUCUAGGCGCAGUUCCAGCGCCUCCCUCCAUUCUCUCAGAAGAGGAACCUUUAGCGAUCAGGAGUUUGACACGUAUAGUCUGGAGGACGAUGAGGACUGUGACUGUUCUCUGUCCUACCGUAGUACACACCGGUAUUCUCCUUCCCCUCUCAGUUCACCUCGAUGCCAGUCACCCUCAACCCCAGGUGAUGUCAGAUCAGCCGCUUCCCGCAUAAGACCUCCUCGUAGAUCUAUGCAAAAUCCUGUGCAGGACCGGAUGAAGUACCCAAGUUGUGAAGAAUUGUCAUUGUGUAUUUUAGAUGACCUACGGCACAGUAUGCCUAACCUUGCGAAAACAAGUCUGCGGUCAUUGGAGGCCGUGAGAAGUAGCCGAAGCUUGGAGUCUGAUCUUCAGGGACCAAGCAGCCGACUAACCAGGAUUCAGCAGCCAAUACCUAGUACCCAACCAAGUAAACUGAGGUACAGCACCAGCUCCAGCCAGUCUGCGGCUGUUCGUCAGCCAAGCAAAGCGGGUUUAAGCACAAGUAACCUCCUGAACUCUCGGCAGCCAAUAAAAUCAUCUGGCUAUAACAGCUCAAGUGGUAUCCGUAAAAUACAAUCUUCAGCUGGAUUAGCUGCAGCGAUUCCUGGUGCAGCUUCUAGAACCAGUAACUUACCACCCACUGUAAAACACUCAGGUGUAAAAUCUCCUGCAUCUGCUGCAUACAUGACUCCAAAAAGUAAGAUGAUGCAGCCAUCCAGGAGGUCUGUUAACUCUUCAAAGCCGCACACACUGGAUCAUGAUGACUCGUGGAAAGAUGGAUGCUACUAGAUCACCCCAAAGAGGAGGCUAUUUCUCUAUGUCCAGCUGGCUGGACUUCAACAUUUUGGGGUGAAAGAAUAAUCUUACCCACUUGUCAGAAUUGAAGAUUUUUGUGUCUUCAUUAUGGUUUACAUUUCAAGGUUUUGUUUUUGUUUUUCAUUCCACAUUUUUUUUUUGAAUUGGAACAAAGAAUAGUGAUGUUGCCUGUAGUAGCCAAUGCACCUGUUUGCACCUGAACAUUGAGCCUGUGGUUUUUAGAAGGACUAAACUAUAGAUUUGUUACCAGUGACCGUUCUGCACGAUUGCUGUUGUUUAAAAUAGUGUAACCUGCCCACACUGGAGGCAGACCUUUUUCUGCGCAGAACUAGUAUACAUUGCAAUGCAGCAUAUCCAUUCACUGAAAUGUAGUGACAUCGCAAGGAUCCAACCCGCUUACAGAAUGUCUGCCUCCUGUGUUACGGCACACUUUCUCCGUUCCUGAAGCUAUGUGAAAUCAAUUGUUAGAAUCCAAUGUGUUCUGUUGAUGGUCUUAACAUUUUUAAUAUAUAUAUAUAUAGUUUUCUGUUCAGUCACCCAUGUCUUUUCUACUGUUUAUUUUUCUUUUCUACUUUGCCGCAGAGACAAUUUUUCAUCUGCAAGUUUUUAAAGUCCUUGAUGAAUUGACUUCAGAAGAAAAAGUGUGAAUAUAUAUGUAUAUACAUAAAUCUAUUGGUGUGCGAUAAGAGCCUGCUGCAAGGAUUAGAUAUUUCCCUCACCAGUAAGAAUGAUUUAGAUGAAGUCACAAAUGACGAUGGUGCACAAUAUUUGUGUGGUUAUAUGAAGUUUAGUUAUGUGUAGCAGACAAUGUUUUUUUGUGGAACGUCUACUUUUGGUUAUCCUGCUUGACGACCUCUCGAUAAAUGCAAAAAAAAAUAAAAUGGACUAAAUCUGGA